UUGUGGUCUUAAUCAGGGUUGUGUCUUCUAACGGGCGGACUGAGCGUUAUACGUUUAUUGUUUAAAACUUUUUUAAAUAAUUCAGAAUUAAAAAGAGGAUAAACAUGCCACCGCGGCGGCAGAACCUCGCGCGGAACAGCCAGAACACACAAGAAUUACAGAGUCGUGGAAUGCGGCGCACCAAGCUAGCUCUUUUCAUCAAACAGGUGGAGAAAGAAGCACAGGAACGCAUGAACGAGAUGAAGUCCAAACUUGAUGACAUGUUGGACACGGUGGACAAAGUCUUCCAGGUGGAGCUGAUGAAGAUGCCUCCUUCUCUUCAGGACACGCCGCUGUCAGAGUUGUUAAGUGAGGAGGAAAUCUCAUCCAGUGAGGUAUCGAUAGCCAUGAAGAGCGAGUCCCGUGAGAUGAUUCAGCCCCUCAAGCCAAUUCCCAGCAGAAAACUCAAAUCAACAGAUUCUACUCCAGUUGAAGUCCAGAGGACGUCUUCCAAAACUCUGAAGGGUAGGAGAGCCAAAAAGAACCCAACGUUGGCUGGAAGUAACAGCACCGGUACUCUCGCUUCCACUCCGUCACUCAGAAGAGUUCAGAGCUGUUUGACAAAUCGUAAAAUCACGGAGCAGACGGCACCGAACCAGACGAAUCGUAGACUCAGGACCGUCAUGUCCGCCAGUGAUGUGCCCUGUACGAUGGCACGACCUGCGGCACACGUCACGGUGACGACGGCGCAGGGAGAGAUGGUCAGUUUUUCUGAAGAGACUAAAGACGACAUUAACUGGGAAUUACUUGACGAUGUUGCUUGGUGCCAAAUUCAGAAGCUUACGAGACUGAUGGAGUAUUUGACGCAGCAGAGUCACUGCCAGCGAUGAGUUUAAGAUCUCCAUAAGGAUGCUGUUCUUGGACUUGAGACAUUGAUUCCUUAAUUUUUAAGAAAACUAAAAGUUAUGAAUAAAGAUUUAUAUUUUUAAAGACUAA